AAGUGAUCCCUAAUGCAUCAAGAUUAUUACAACACACAACCGAACAAACACGAGCAGAAACUAUAUCCCCAAAGGCCCAAAACCAUAUACAUGCAAAAGAAGUUAAAAUCGACUUUGUUUCUUCUUCUUUAACCACCGGUUCGAUAUUGUCGGAUAUCCAAAACCGGACCCGACAGGACUCGUUGACUUUGUUUCUAAACCCUUCAGUGUUACUGUAACAGUCGCACUCCAAUACACACCUCACAAAAAAUCCUCCAGCCAUGGCCGCUGCUACUCAAUUCCUCUCCCAACCUUCAUCUAUCCGCGGAACCCUAAAUCAAUACCAAUUGAACCAAACUUCACUCUCAAGAAUCCCAAUUCUGUCUCUGAAGUCCACAUUGAAGCCACUUAAACGCCUCUCCGUCAAAUCCGCCGUAUCCCAAAACUCCACCAAAACCCGCACAAAGGAAUCUGCUUCCUCUUUCGACCACUGUUUCAAGAAAUCAUCAGAUGGGUUUCUCUAUUGCGAAGGAACUAAGGUUCAAGAUAUCAUGGAGGCAGUUGAGAGAAGACCCUUUUACUUAUAUAGCAAACCUCAGAUCACGAGAAACCUUGAGGCGUAUAAAGAGGCUUUGGAAGGAGUGAGAUCUGUUAUUGGUUACGCUAUUAAAGCUAAUAACAAUCUCAAGAUUUUGGAGCAUUUGAGGAGUUUGGGCUGUGGUGCUGUCUUGGUUAGUGGAAAUGAGCUCAGGCUUGCUCUUCGUGCUGGUUUUGAUCCCAAAAAGUGUAUUUUCAAUGGAAAUGGGAAGCUGUUGGAAGAUUUAGUUCUAGCUGCUCAAGAAGGUGUUUUCGUAAAUGUUGAUAGUGAAUUUGACUUGAAUAACAUUGUGGAAGCUUCAAGAAUUUCUGGUAAGCAGGUCAAUGUACUGCUGCGUAUCAAUCCUGAUGUCGAUCCUCAGGUGCAUCCAUAUGUAGCUACUGGGAACAAGAACUCGAAGUUUGGUAUUAGAAAUGAGAAGCUUCAAUGGUUUCUGGAUGAAGUGAAGGCACAUCCCAAAGAGCUAAAGCUUGUUGGAGCUCAUUGCCAUCUUGGCUCUACCAUUACAAAGGUGGAUAUUUUCAGAGAUGCUGCGGUUCUCAUGAUUGAAUACAUUGAUGAAAUCCGGCGUCAAGGCUUUGAGGUUAGCUACUUGAACAUUGGUGGUGGUUUAGGGAUAGAUUAUUAUCAUGCCGGCGCUGUCCUUCCUACACCCAUGGAUCUCAUCAACACCGUAAGAGAGCUUGUUCUUUCACGAGACCUGAAUCUAAUCAUCGAGCCAGGGAGAUCGCUGAUUGCAAACACAUGUUGUUUCGUCAACCAUGUAACUGGUGUGAAGACGAAUGGAACUAAAAACUUCAUAGUGAUUGAUGGAAGUAUGGCUGAGCUUAUCCGUCCCAGUCUUUAUGAUGCCUAUCAGCAUAUUGAGUUGGUCUCUCCUACACCGCCUGAAGCAGAGGUUACCAAAUUCGACGUAGUGGGUCCUGUCUGUGAAUCUGCUGAUUUCUUGGGCAAAGACAGAGAGCUUCCCACUCCUCCACAGGGAGCCGGUCUGGUGGUUCAUGACGCUGGUGCAUACUGUAUGAGUAUGGCUUCCACUUACAAUCUCAAGAUGCGUCCUCCGGAAUACUGGGUUGAAGAAGAUGGGUCAAUCACUAAGAUCAGGCACGCUGAGACGUUCGAAGACCAUUUGCGUUUCUUUGAAGGUCUAUGAACUCUGAGAUUUACUCAUCAUUGUUGCUAUUUCAGUUCAAUUGUAUGAUUAUUCGGAAUCAGGACCAUAAUGCUAUUGCUGUCUUAGAUUUUCCACAUAAUGUGCUUUGAUUCAAGGUCCUCAAUAAAGUGAUCAUAUGAAU